AGAGAUCUUGAUGCAAAAAAAGCGAUGAUUCAAGAUAAAAUUGUGACCCAUUUCCGCAAUCAUCCAGAACUAGAAUCCAACUCUGAUUACGAAAAAUUCUAUCUUCAGUUGAGAAAAUCUUCAUCCCCAAUCAAACCAUUUUAUACCAAUCAGAAUCAGAAUAAUCAAAACAAUCAAAACAAUCAAAACAGCAUUGAUAGCUCUCUCACAAGUUCAGUCAGAAAAUCAACGAGAAUUUCUUCAAGGGUUUCAUCAUUCAAUUCCAACAAUUUUUCGUCACCAACCAGAUUAGCAAAAAACAAAUCAGUAGGCAAAAUCUCUCAAAGAAUUUAUGCCUCUACAAUAAAUGUUUCAUCCGAGCAAAGCUCUGAAGAAAUUUCGGAUAUAGAUUCUGAUGAGAGCUUAGAAGUAGUUGUUUUGAAUGAUAAUAAAUCCAAUAUAAAAGUGGAAUCCGAAUUUGAUAGUAAUGGUAAUAUUGAAGAGAUUAAUCUUAAAGAGAUUAAGAUUGAAGAGAUUAAACUUGAAGAGAUUAAGAUUGAAGAGAUUAAACUUGAAGAGAUUAAGCUUGAAGAGAUUGAGAAUAUUGAUGAAAAUAAAACCAAUAAUACUGAAAUUAAAAAAGUAAAAUCUAUUGAUGAUAUAAACCAUUUCAAUUCUAACUCAGACACCGAAUUUGAUCCUGAUUCUGAUGACGAGGAAUAUAUUGAUAAUUAUUCAACUCUAGAUAAACUAACAGACAAUUUGAUUUAUUACUAUGAAUACACAUUUCAGAACACUUUAAAAAUAAACUCGGCUAUUAAAUCAAAUUUAUCAACCAUCAAUGCAAUUACUUUUAUUCAAUUAUCAGUUGAAUUUAUUUCGCUCCUAUUGAACUUUUAUAAUUCAAUUACUAAUAACAACUCAAUUAAAGCUAAUAUAAUCAAUAACACAGUUAACAAUCCCAGUUUUGUAUUACUAUACUUUUAUUCAUUUCAAUUUGUUGUUUUGCCCUUAAUUACAAGUUAUUAUUUUAAUUUUACUAAAAAUAACUACAAUACUUAUUCUUACCACGAUAAUAAUGAUGGUGAUGACGAUAAUAACAAUAAUAACAAUAAUAACAAUAAUAUAAGUCCAUUAAUCUUGAAUUAUUUUGAUCCUUUAAUUUUUAACUUAUCAAAAGCAAUAUUUUAUUAUUUUAUAACUUAUAAUAGUAUUGACAGUAUUUAUGCUAUUGAUAAUGUUGGUAAUGUCGAAAAUGUCGAGAUUGUUGGAAAUUACAGUUUUUAUAUUAAAGAUUUAAUACUGAAUUAUUCAAUUAUUUUAAGCUCAGUGUUAGGUCGUUUACCAAUAGUCAAUUCAAUCAUCGGUACUAUUAUUGCAAUGUAUAUUUGAAUUGUCAUUAUGCUUGUCAUUGUGCUUGUUAUUAUGCUUGUUUUUUAGUUUUAUUGUUAAUUUUAUUGUUAAUUUUAUUGUUAAUUUUAUUGUUAAUUUUUUGUUUAUUUUGUUUUUUUUUACCGAUAAAAGAACUUUUGGAAUUAAAAUGGAAGUCUUUAUAAAUAUUUAUAUAGUAUAUAAAUGAUAGUGUGGUCUGUGUUAAAUAAACUAAUCAACUAAUUAAGAUAAUAAAACUGUAAAAUAGAAUAAUAAUUUGUAAGGUUGUAAGAUGAAUCAAGUAUCAUUUAGUGUUAUUUCCGCAAAGCGAAUGAUCAUAAAAAAGUAUUUUGAAUGUUAUGAGUAAUUUAGAAUUGACAUUGACUAGAUAAAUA